ACAACGUCCAUCAGAUGACGAGCCAUGCCCCGAUCUGGCUUGGUGGCGGAGGUCUCCGCCGAAAGCUGUGUUCCAUGGCUCGGGUUGGCGCGGCGUCAUUGCCGUGAUCAGUUGGUCGAGGUGGCAACUGCAGUGGAGACGACCAGGAGUCAAAUCGCUCGCGACUUUCUGGCGGCCGUCUCACAAGAAAAAACUGGCCGGCCGCAUCGGCUUAAGACAUCUUUUGAGGAGGCAACGCAACAGCCGACCAAACAACACGAUUGCGGGUAUUCCUUGGCAAAGGGUGAGAAGAGGUGUUGCGAAUUUGAAGAUGAAGGAAGUUGUCAAACCUGCUGUGCUGAACAUUAUGAGCAGCCAUAUUGCAGGGCGUUUUGCCAGAGGAUGUGCCAAAGAGGCAUCUUCAAGACGUGGUCCGGCGGUGGAAAGACGAAGGUCCCCGUUUGCCCGGUGGGUGGCCCAACGAAGGCUCUUCAAGCCUAUGACCUGGCCAAAGUGGAGGGGAAGUUCGUGAAUCCGUACUUGGACUGGAAGGGUGAGAAGUUUGAGAAGGAGUGGCUCGACGCUCAUCCCGUAGACUCUCCCGAAUCGGCAGAGGCAACGGCCGAGUUGUUCUCCAACCGUUGGACGUGCCCAUGCCGCAUGGUGCCAUGGCACUUCCUGCUUUGGUCCCCGGCCGCGACUGGCGGCGCUGCGGUCACUGGAGUGGCCUCUGCCGCGCCGCAAGCCUUUUGGGACUGGUUGGUGGAGGAAGGUGUUUUGGACCGGGACUACCUGGCCUGGGUGAACUGCGAAGGCCCACAGAGCCCAUGGAGCCAGUUCCGCACCAUGUUGGUGAAGCAUUUGGAGGACGGCCGCUGGAACUAUGGACAGCCCGAAGCCUGGAUUUCGGAGCCAAGUCACUGGCAGCUGGUGAAGGAAGCUGAGAUGUUGACGGAACUGUGGAAGCAACGGGAUCUCAAGGCGCAGGUGGAGAAUAUCUCCUUAGAAGAACACCUGGCUGUGCCCAAGAGAACCUCCUUGAAAGAGCCAGCUGCUGUGGUGCGGGGCGACCUGGUGGCGUGGAUCAUUCAGGAUCACCUACACCACCUCAAGGCCCCUGGGGAGCCCUCGGAGUCCUUUGCUGGCAGCUGCCUGCAGGGACUGGCUGCUGCAUUAUGUGUCUUUGGUCGAGCUCUUGACGUGCUGGGCCGCAGCAAGCGCUGGGACGAUGACGCGGAGGAUGAUGGUUUCCUCCUGUGGCGCAUGGAGAUGGGAUUUCUGCUGGCUGGGAUGCUGCUGGGGGAGGGCUUGAGCUUACUGGACCUCACGGCAGCACCGGGAUGGCCUGGAUUGAACACCCGCUUCGUUGAGCAACUGCUGCACCGUCCACUGACGGGUGGCGAGUUCGGCUUGAGCCCUGCGCGUGCCCGGCAGACCACCGUGCUGGCGGCUCCCAGGCGCACCGACGACCCACGUCCUGCACGGAUGCCGGUGCUGGAGCGGUACCAUGCGGCCACCGACCCCCAAGGGGUGACAUCCUGGGGCAAGGUGGCGGGACAGAGAAUGGCUAUGCGAGGGCAGGUGUUGAGAAUUGCCGACACCUUGCCACCUGGGCAUCCAUAUCCUUGGAGGCAAUUGGGCUUUCCUUAUCAGGCUCCUGACUACCAGCAGGCAGCGCAGCCAUUUCUGGCCCAAUGGUCCAGGCGUGUCAGAAUGCUUUCGCUCAUCAGCAACCAUGGUGCCUUGGAUUUGGAGAUCCCAGAUCUGCUACUGACCCUAUUCCCGCAGUGGUUUGAACCCCGUUUCCUCCUGGGUGGCAGCAACCGCGGCAAGAUCUGUGAGAAGACCGAAGGUUCCGCCACGGUGGAUGCCCUUUGUGCUGCUCACUGGCGCCGUGUGCCCCCGCGCCGCCGUCGCCGCUGGGAGAGCCGCGGGGUGCUGCGGAAAUGGGGCAGUCGCUACAGCACCAAGCGGCGGCGGCACCUCUUUGAGGGGCGCGGCACCUUCCACCCACUCGACCCCAGGCUGCGUUUCUGGGAUCAGGAGCCGACCAAGCAAGGCCUCCGGGUGGAUCCCGAUCUUAUGACGGUCAGCAGCUGGGCAGAUGCCAUGUACCUGUCGCAACGCUUUCCGGAGGUACCCCUCAUCAUCUAUUUCGGGCCACCUGUGAUGCUGGUGGUGGGGGAGGAUGUGGUGAUGGGCAAGAAGGCCAUUGUAGAAAAGCACUGGAAGGGGAUAAGGGCUUUGACGCGGAAAGCGGUGCGGGGAGAGGUGUUCAUCAGUGGAGAGUCGCUGUUCCGAUGCGAGCAGUUCUUUUGGCAGACUGGAGUGGAAGUGCCAUUCCUUCGGCCUAUGUCCACCUGGGUGAACGCGACGUAUGUUCCGCAGAAGCGGCGCUUCGAGGGAGCAGAAGUCCUGGUGCACAACCGAGGACGGUUGAAGUACGAAAGCGCCUUUCUGGAGAGCUUGCGACUUAUGGCAGGACCCAAGUUCCCCUACCGAGUAGUGCCGCAGGAGGGUCGCAUCAUUCCCUUUGAACAGCUGGCCACCUACCACGCCGUCGUCAUCGUUCCCUGGUCGCCUGAGCUGUGCAUGUUGCGGCACCUCUUUAAGAUGCGCGUGCCGCUGGUGGUCCCUGAGCUGUCCCUGCUGCGGAAUUUGGUGCAUGUGGCCAACAUGAGGCUGAUGCCAUACCCAUACAACGCGUUUGAUCCCCAGAGCAAUCGCGCUUUCGUCGAGGGCAUCCAUCCCUUCGAUCCUUUCCACGACACAUCGCGGGCGCCCUCGGAUGUGCGUGGGAUGCAGGCGCGCGCCUAUUGGGCGGAGUAUUCCGAGUAUUUGCUGAUCCCCGAGCUGCUGCGCUUUGCGUCGGCGGCCGAUUUGUUGGCGAAACUGAAUGCCAUGGAGGGCUACAAGGUGUCGCAGAGGAUGCGCGCGGCCUAUGCCAAUGACAUGAAGGAGAUGAUGAGCUUCUGGCAGGAGCUGCUUCCAAUUCUCAUCGGGCAAAGUGCUGAUGACGUGAAGCAACGAAAAAAUGGCUUGUUGGACGCUGAAACUUCGGCUCUAUCAGCUGAAAGCCGCGGCGGCGUCGCCUCCCCGAUGGCACCGAAAGCGCGAAAGGUCCGGGCGCGGCAACGCACUGAGCUGAAAGAUGAGCAAAAGGCGGAGAUCAAGGAGGCCUUCGACCUCUUCGACACUGACGGCACCGGGACCAUUGAGGCGAAGGAGCUGAAGGUGGCGUUGAGGGCUUUGGGCUUCGAGCCGAAAAAGGAGGAGCUGAAGAAGUUAGUGUCAGACCUGGACAAGAGUGGUAGUUCCCACGGCCAGGGCAUGUUAGACUUCAACGAGUUCUUAGAAAUCAUGACCGCCAAGAUGAGCGAAAAGGACUCCAAGGAGCAGAUUCUCAAGGCGUUUCAGCUCUUCAAAGGACCCACGGGCAAGAUCUCUUUCGAGGACCUGAAGGCCGUGGCGCGCGAGUUGGGCGAAAACAUGUCCGACGAAGAGCUGCAGGAGAUGAUCCGUGAAGCCGACAAGGACGAUGAUGGCGAAGUGAGUGAGGAAGUAAAUUGGUUGUACCGGGUGUGUCUGGAGACGUUUCCGGUACCGUUGCGAAGAAAACUGAAUUCAUGCGGAUCAUCCGGCGUUCCACGCUUUGAUUGUCUUGGCCGGCCAGAACCAGGUUAAGGCAGAUGUUAUCACAGUGAGAGAGUUUCAGCAGCUCAAGAAGGGGCUGUAGGCUGAAUUUGACCUUUGCAGAAUUGCAGCAAAAUAUCCAUCUGGAUUCGUUGCAUGUGUGUGCCGCUAGCCUGGCGCCGUUUCACGAUGCUGCACAGAUGCGCAAACGAACGUCGUG